AUGAGUUCCAGCAAGGAUGCGAUCCCCGCCAGCAGCAAAGGUUCCUGGUCAAGCUUCCUCAAGUCCAUCGCUUCUUUCAACGGCGAUCUCUCGUCCUUGACCGCUCCACCUUUUAUCCUUUCCUCCACCUCCCUGACCGAGUACUCCGCCUACUGGGCUGAGCAUCCGCACCUUUUCGUGGCCCCAGCUACAGAAUCGGACCCUGAGAAGAGAGCCCUGGCUGUUCUAAAAUGGUUUAUCAGUACCCUCCACCAGCAAUAUUGUACCCGCAGCGAGAAACUCGGUAGUGAGAAGAAGCCCCUGAACCCCUUCCUGGGAGAGCUCUUCCUGGGCAGGUGGAACGCUGAUGAGCAUGUCGGGGAGACCUCAUUGAUCAGUGAACAAGUCAGCCACCACCCCCCAGCAACCGCCUACGCGAUUCGGAAUGAGAAACAUGGGGUAGAACUACAAGGUUACAACGCCCAGAAGGCCUCCUUUUCCAGCACCAUCCAAAUCAAGCAGAUCGGACACGCCCUCCUGACCGUCACCCCGCCCAACGCGGAUAAGAAUGACCCGGCCCAGAAGGAACAGUACCUUAUCACACUUCCAAGCUUGCACAUUGAAUCCUUGAUCUAUGGAACUCCAUUCAUAGAACUGGAAAAGACGACUCGGAUUGUCAGCAGCACCGGCUACGUGGCCAAGAUCGAUUACUCUGGUAAAGGCUGGCUAAGCGGAAAGAAAAACACAUUUACCGCCAUCUUGUAUAAGGAAAGCGAAGGAGAGAAGAAGCCUUUGUACACUGUCGAUGGACAGUGGUCGGAUAAGUUCACCAUCAAGGAUGCCCGAACCAAGGCUGAAGUGGAGACGUACGUGGUUAAGAAUAACAAGACCACUCCGCUCCAGUUGUCCCCACUGGAGGAUCAGGACCUUUACGAAAGUCGGCGUGCCUGGCGGGACGUGGCAUCGGGCAUCGAGCGGGGCGACAUGGACGCCGUGUCUGUGGCCAAGUCGAAGAUUGAGAACGCCCAGCGCGAGCUUCGCAAGGUUGAAAAGUCCGAGGGCCGGGAAUGGGAGCGCCGCUUCUUCAACCGCGUAGACGAAACCGAGGAUCAGGGGCUCCUGCAACUUGCGAGAAAGGCCGGUCUUACAACGCUCGAGGGCGACAAGACUGGUGGGGUGUGGCGCUUCAACCCAGCAAGUGCAAAUGACGCGAAGCCACCGUAUCAUAAGGCCGGUGGCGAAGGCCUGGGGGUCUCCGUAUGA